AUGGCAGUCCUCGGCAAGCGCAAAUCGCGCAACGAAGCGCCGUCGGACGGCGUCUCUGAGCUCGACGCCGAAGCCAUUUUCCGGCGGCACUUUGAGGCGCAGUUUGAGCCGCUCGGCGACGAGGACGAGGCGGCGCGAGCGCAGCGCGAGCAGGACGACGACGACGCGGUCGAUUCGGACCUCAACGGCGGAUCCGACGACGACGACGAAGACGACGACGACGACGAAGACGAUGGCGACGGCAACGAAUGGGGCGGGUUCUCUAGCGACGAAGAGGAGCAAGGGGACGGUGCCGAGUACGAGGACGAGCACGAGGACGAAGCGCCGACUGUGCAGGUCAUUGAUCACUCGAAACCGCAGGUGCCCAAGGAGCCCAAAAUGAGCAAAAAAGAGCUCAAAGCAUUCAUGUCCUCCAAAGUCAUUGACCACACCGCCCCCCGAACCACCACCACCGACACACCCUCCUCCUCCUCCUCCGCCAAGCCCGCCAAAGCCCUCCCCGAGGACGCGCCCUCCCUCAUUGCGCAGGACCUCGAACUUCGACGUCUCCUCUCCGAAUCGCACCUUCUCACCCCUUCCCACAACAACGCCGCCUCCCGCUCCGUCUUUUCCUCGUCCGUCGUCGGGGGGGACUCAUCAUCAUCAUCAUCAUCACUUGAGCCAAAGGCGUUUGCCUCGGGCCGCACGCGACAAAAGACCACCGACCUCCGCCUGCAGGCGCUCGGGGCAAAGACGUCGGUGCUCAAGCAGGAAAAGAUGCCAAUGAAUAUGCGCAAGGGCAUCGUGGCCGCGGCGCGCAUGCGCGAGGAGCGGCGCAGGCGCGAGGCCAAGGAGAAUGGCAUCAUCUUGGAGAGGAGCGGUAGCAAUAGCGGUAGCGGUAGCGGUAACGGCAAGAAAAAGGGAAGCAGGGCGAGGCAGGAGAGGGGUGUGCAUGGACCGGGGAUCGGGCGCAUGAGGGGCGCGGAGCUGCGCAUCAGCGAGGGCGACGUGAGAAGGAUUGAGGGGAGCAGAGAUACAUUCGGGAGACGAGGUCGGCGGUAG